CGACCCACAUAAAAACUAGUCAAGAUUCGUCUUCUUUUACACAAAUCCGCAAGUAUAAGACGCAAACACUCAUAGCCUAAACACAAACAUUGAGAUUCAUUUAUCACUAACCUUUCUCUCUCUCUUCUUACUUUAACAUUCUAUUCUAUCAUCUGAAUCUGAACUAUGAGCUGGUGGUGGUCCGGAGCUAUUGGCGCUGCCAAGAAGAAACAGGAUGAAGAUGAAGCACCAAGAGGCUUCCAAAACGUGGCCUUAGUGAUCGGCGUCACCGGCAUCGUUGGCAACAGUCUGGCUGAAAUUCUACCUCUAUCCGACACCCCCGGCGGAAGAUGGAAAGUCUACGGCGUUGCCCGCCGUCCACGACCCUCCUGGAACGAAGAUCACCCAGUCGAAUACAUCCAGUGCGACAUCACCGAUCCACAAGACUCCGAAACCAAACUCUCCGUUCUCACCGACGUCACACACAUCUUCUACGUCUGUUGGGCAAGCCGUCCCACCGAAGCAGAAAACUGCGAAGUUAACGGCUCUAUGUUACGCAACGUCCUCACCGCCGUCAUCCCAAACGCUCCGAACCUCCGCCAUGUCUCACUUCAAACCGGCGGAAAACACUACAAAGGCUCAUUUGAAUCCUUCGGCAAGAUCAAGGACCAUGAACCACCGUACACGGAGGAUAUGCCGCGUUUGGAUACUAACAAUUUUUAUUACACUCUGGAAGAUGUUUUGUUUGAAGAAACAGCGAAAAAGGAGGGUGUGAGUUGGUCUGUUCAUAGACCUCUUAUCAUCUUUGGUUUCUCACCUUACAGUAUGAUGAACAUUCUCGGAACUUUAUCUGUUUACGCUGCGAUUUGUAAACACGAGGGUGUUCCUUUGAGAUUUCCAGGAACGAAGUUAGCUUGGGAGAAUUACUACAUGGCUUCUGAUGCAGAUUUGAUAGCUGAGCAACAUAUUUGGGCUGCGGUGGAUCCUAAUGCAAAGAACGAAGCUUUUAACUGCAGCAACGGGGAUGUGUUCAGGUGGAAGCAGUUAUGGACAGUUUUGGCGGAACAGUUUGAGAUUGAGGAGUAUGGUUUCGACGAGGAAGGUCCUCGUUUGAGGUUGUCGGAGUUGAUGAAGGAUAAAGGUCCUGUUUGGGAUGAGAUUGUUGAGAAGCAUCAGCUUCAGCCUAAUAAGCUUGAACAAGUUGCUGAGUGGUGGUUUGCGGAUCUUAGUUUUGGAGGAACUGGGUUUACUGAUAGUAUGAACAAGUCGAAAGAGCAUGGGUUUUUUGGGUUCAGGAACACUAAGAAUUCUGUUAUCAAUUGGAUUGAGAAGACUAGAGCUUACAAGAUUGUGCCAUGAGUUGUGAUUUAGUAUUGUUAUGUUGAUUUGUUUUCUUAAAUUAUUGUUUUCUAGAAUAAGUAAAAUUGAGAGGGACAAUUGAGGUUUAAGAAAAGAGAUUGUCUGUAUUCACUAUCCUUAGCAGUCUAUCAUUUAUUUUAUGUGUGUGCUGUUUCUUUGCUGUGAUAAUAAUGUUGUUGUACUUGAGAUCAAUGUUGUCUUCUUACAAUAAAUAUUGUCGCAGCUGUUCAGUUCCA